AUGGGUCCUCGCCGUGAUGAAGAUGGUCCUCAAAGCCAGGAGGAACAAGCGAUCCAACCGUCUCAGCCAUUUUGCAGCAUGCGCGGCGCGCCUUGUCGGAAAAGGAAACUAAGAUGCGACGGGGUUGAGCCAGUUGGCAGUACUUGCUUCAAAGCCAGCUGGCAAUGCCUCUACCAAGACAUCAGGAAGGGCGUACGCAAGCAACGCACGAGCAUGAAGAUCCUUGAAGUCCGUUUAGCGGAGCUUGAGUCAAGAAGGAAGUCUAAAAAGCAAUCUAUCAACAAUUCCUCGAUACAGCAUAUUGAGAAGAUACCAGAUGAAAGCGCCGUCGAGGUUUCCCAUGAACGCCACCACCGGGUUGCAUAG